UUUCGCUCAAUUCGUCGAAACCGUGACGAAAGACGGCGACGACCGCAACUUUUACUUUCUUCGCCGCCUCGCAAAUCGGACAACAAUCGUCAUUAAACGGCCAGAAGACGCAUAGAACACUCAACUGCAUCAGUCUUUAGUUUGGUAGUCAAGAUGCGUUUGGCCGGUGCUAUUGUAUUUCUUGGUGUCAUCGUAGCUCUGGCUUGGGGCCAGGAGAGUCCCUACACUACUAAGUACGAUAACGUGGAUGUGGAUAAGAUUUUGAAGAACGACAGGGUGCUGUCAAAUUAUAUAAAAUGUCUGAUGGAAGAAGGGCCAUGUACGCCUGAAGGAAGAGAAUUGAAAAAAACAUUACCAGAUGCUCUCGCCAGUGGAUGCACGAAAUGCAAUGAAAAACAAAGAACCAACACCGAAAAAGUCAUCAGGCAUUUGAUGAAUCGAAGGGCCAAAGAUUGGGAAAGACUGAGCAAAAAAUACGACCCCGAAGGUGUAUACAAAGCGAAAUACGACCCUUUUGCCAAGACUGCUUAAAUAUAAAUGAAAAUCCCUUAUGAUCGAAAAAAAAGGGUGCCCAGUUGGCUUGAAAAUGACGAUAUAUAAUAUGACGACCCUAUAUAAUUUUAUAUACAAAAUAUUAGCGAUCUUAAUUUCCAAGCCCUCUGUGGCGCCGCUUUUUUUCGAUCAUAUGAUAUAGUGUAUUCGUAAAUUAGAUCUGGCAGGUAUUAGAUUUCAGUUUCCGAAUAUAUACUUUUAUAAAAUUUUGUUAAAUAAAAAAAAAUUAAGAUACAUGUAUAUUGCAAGGUGUGAUAUCAAUUAUAAUGAUUUUAAUAAACUAUUUCUUUUUA